GCAGCGUCCGUGAGCACAGGGUGAUAAUUCUUCCUCCACAGUAUUGGGGUGACCGGCUCUUGUCAGUAUUCUUUGCUUUUGCACUUCCCUCCUCACUGCUCCCCUUUACAAUGGCCUGAAAAUGAAUAUUGUGUUGAAACUCAAUUGAUCGACCGCAGGUGGGACCACAAUCUUCAGCGGAUCAACCAGCCGUUCUCGACGAGAUAUAGAGAGAUAGUUCAUUCACCUCUCCAUUGACGCCGAACAAUACCUCCAGUCGCAACUCACGCGACUCGUCAUUUACCUCACUCAUCUUUCCUCUAUAAAAGUAUUCGCAUAGCCGGACGAUAUUUUCUUUUUUGCCAAGAUGGAGCCCUUUACCAGCCCCGACAAUGUCAACAUCACUUUCUGCAUUGGCCAGCAUGAAGAGGACCGGAAGGUACCCAUUACCAAUGAACUGGUACAGGCGGCACAUGAAAGUAAUUAUGACAUGCUAACAGCCCCGGUAACCACCUCCCACUUCCAAUCCCGAGUGCUCGCUCUUCUCUCGACUUAUCAAGGGAGCUUACAACCCUCGGCGCCAGGCCCCAAUGGAACGAUGAUGACCAGCGAGAACACACGGCCGCUCGUGGUCCCCGAGCUGGGACCGGCUGACACGCACUUGACCCCCAACGAGGCAAUGACCCAGCUGGUCGGCGUCACCAGCUCGUGGAUUGACCUGUGCUCGCCGGAUCCCCUCAUCGCGGAAAUCUCCCGCCAGGUGUUCAUGCUGGAAGUGAACUAUGCCGCGUUCUGUGGAGUUGGAUACCUGCUGAUCCCGGGCCCCAAACUCCACCACAACGACGCCCACUCGGAGCAGAUCAUCUACUAUGCGCGGGCCGUGCAAGAUGCUAUCAACGUCGCGCCUUAUAUCCAAUUCCAUAUGUGGACGCAUAUGGUUGAUAGCCCGGAUCUCCAGGGAAACAAGAUCACUGACUUGGCUAGUCUGGCUCGCAAGGAGUUUGUUAGGGACUUGGUGGGUCCUGUCUUGAGAGUUGAUCCGUUCGGAACCUGGGAUGCCUGGGAUAUUAUCAGGAGGCUCUGUAAAUACCACCCAAGGCUCGUCGUAGCACUCUCCCUGCCCAAGCAACUUCCCCCAAUGUCCGUGCAGUCCCGCUGGUACUCGGAGCCAGUUCACAUGCUUACAAUUGAUGGAAAUACCUUCAUCAAUAAUCAAAAAGGCUAUCCCGUGCUUUCCAAGGCACAUCAAGCUCUGAUUGCUCGGUUCAUGCGCCUUCGAACCACCCCAUGGAUCCUCCUUUGCGAAGUUGGCCCCAUACCAGGUGUGGAGGUGGACGAGUCCUUUGAGAACUCCGAUACUCCAGGCUCUGAAUACCCCAGCCUCGCGCAGGCUGCAGUCUCAAACAAGAAACACCAUGACCCUACUCCUCACCUAUCUUAUGUCAGAAACCUCCAGUCCCGCCAGCCUUCCCGGAGCGCCAUGGAACGGUUCGGGAUGGGCUACCAGGAUUACUUACAAGCCCCUCUCCAGCCAUUGACCGUCAACCUGGAGAGCAUCACAUACGAGGUCUUCGAAAAAGACCCCAUUAAGUACGAUUGGUAUGAGAAAGCCAUCGCCAAGGCCCUGACGGAUUGGUCGAAGAAACCAAGCUCCGGGCCCGACGGCAAAGUGGUGGUCGCUGUCGUAGGAGCUGGUCGAGGGCCACUCGUUGGCCGCGCGCUCCGAGCCAGCGCUGAAACGGGCGUUGAAAUCGACCUCUGGGCAGUGGAAAAGAACCCCAACGCAUUUGUCCUUCUCCAGCGCCAUAACAAGAACCACUGGGGUGGAAAGGUCAAGUUGAUUCACUCGGACAUGCGAAGCUGGAAAGGCCCGCAAGUCGAGAAAGGCGCCACCCCAGGAUCGCAGACAGCAUCGAGCCCGACGCAAGCAGCCACCUCCGGCACCACGAACGCGGCCCUCGUCCCUACGACGAUCGACAUCCUCGUCUCCGAGCUCCUAGGCUCCUUCGGCGACAAUGAGCUGUCGCCCGAAUGCCUCGACGGCGUCACGCACCUCCUCACCCCGGUGCACGGCAUCUCUAUCCCGGCCUCCUACACGGCGCACCUCACCCCGAUCGCGGCCCCUAAGCUGCACGCCGACGUGAUGAACCAGUCGAUCUCCAACCCAGCGGCGCCCGAAACGCCGUACGUGGUGAUGCUGCACGCCAUCGACUUCCUGUCGACGAACCAGCCGUCCGCGACCGCGCUCAUGAAUUUCGGGGGCUCGGGAGGCUCCAACACCCGGAAUUCGAUCGCCACGCUGCCCGGCGGCGGAUCGGGCGAAACGCCCAUUCCCUUCGUGCAGACGACCUGGUCCUUCGAGCACCCGAACCUGAACAUCCCGCCGCAGUCGCCCUCGUCCUCGACGAUCUCCAACGCCCACAACGUCCGCCGCACCCGUCUGACCUUCCCCGUCCAGAACCGCGGCGUCUGCCACGGCCUGGCCGGCUACUUCGAGACUGUGCUCUACCGCGACAUCGAACUAUCAACAAACCCCGUCACCAUGGAUACCAAGAGCCAGGAUAUGAUCAGCUGGUUCCCCAUCUACUUCCCUUUAAAGACACCCCUCAACGUCCCCGAUAACGGAGAAGUCGUCGUGACCAUGUACCGACAGACGGAUAACCGCAAGGUGUGGUACGAGUGGAUGGUGGAGGUGUUCGCGCUGGAAGGCAUCCCCGAGCCUCCCACGGCCGAGCUGGUGGCUCCGGUCAUGAGCGGUGCGCGGGCGGGCUCCUCAUCCGCCCUGAACAGCCCCGAUCGGGAGCGCGCGACCAAGUCACGUGGCGUCCGGCGCGUGCGGGUCGGCACCAGCGAUCUACACUCCAGUAUCAAGGAAGGGUGUCUCAUGUGAUUUCGACGUGACACUUCUUGAUCG